AUGAAGGUCUUCAACAUUUUCGUCCUUUCUUACGUGUCCACUGUGUGGGCAGGCGGGUAUCAGGGAUGCCUGGAACAACUCCUCCUGUUUAAAACUUACCAGAUUGACGAACUCAACGACGAAAAAGACAGAACAAUCGGCUUCACGUGCGCCAAGUGGAAUAAGGAGAAGAAAGUGUGCGACGGCGCUUAUCAACCAUGUCGACCGGCGAGAAAGGGAGCCACCCGACACAAUUACGACGAGUUGAUUGUUCACUUGGGCAAGGCACAUGUGGGGAAAGGAUGGUCCGUCCUGGACGGCGAUGGAAAACUGGAUGUCGACGAAACGGCUUUAGCAACGUUCAAAUUAUACGAAUCCCGCCCAAAGCCCCCCAGCGCACCUCUGAUUCCCAACUUCCAGCCUUUCUCUGCCAUGGCAGGCGACACGCACGAAUGGAGCGACUACGGCACCAAGCUCGGGGAGAAAGUCAAUGAUACGUUCAAGGCCGUUAAAAAGACAAAGGACAACGAACAUCUCUGGGAGGCCUUCGACAGGACCAGUGAGAAAGUCAGGAUUGCUCGCGUGGGAGACCAUGGCCCAUAUCUCUACCAAGCGGCACUGGAGAAGCUGGGCGGCGCGAUGGCAAUCUACCAGCAAGACUUGGGCAAGAAUCCCGUGACCGGAGAGAUGUGGAAGACUGUGGAUUGGGAAGAGACGGCUCUCAAAGCCAAGGCCAAGGGCAUCAUGGAUGCGGAGAAGCAGAUUCACGACUUUCUUAAUGUGUUCUACCACGGGGGGCAGGCGAGGGAACACUACCAGAUACCCGAGCAGAUCGAUACCUUCAUGGUCAGCGACAAAGUCGACAAGUACUUCAAGUGCCAGGAAACCAUUUGUGACUACUACGACUGCGCCGCUCCCGUCGACAUGCCUGCGUGUCCCAAAUUCCAGUUCCCGCUCGAACUGCUCGAUCGCACGCCCAUCCCCAACGCCACCUUUACCGAUCCCGACGGCUUCUAUCGGGACCUCGCCGACACCUGGGGCAUCGACCGGGACUGGGUCCGCCUCGGAAAGCGACACAUGCGGACCAUCAACGGCUGCCAGUACGCAGGCGACGACGUGCUCGAGUGCCAGGACCGCCAGGAUAACUGGUUCCGGGGGUACCCCCUCCCGGACGACGCUAAGAUCGACGUCUAUAACCCGAAGCAGAUCCUCGGCGAUUCGUUUGCACGUGUCAGCGAGAUGCUGGAGCGGUUCCGCAUCGUGCGGCGGUUUGCCCAGUGGGACGAGCUCAUGCUGGUGUCGGGUUUGGUGGAUGCCCCGUCGUUGCCGGCGUUCGCGGCCGAGGAGGCCAUCGCGAGUAUGAAGAGGAUUGUGGACAUGGCGGAUGAUAUUGCCAAGGCGCAGCGGGGGGAGUUUAUUCUUGGGUUCUUGACGGACUUGCUCUUUUGGAUUCCGUUUGUCGGGGAGGCGGUUGGGGCGGUGGGGCUGAUGACGGCGCGCACGCUGCUUCGCUUGAUCGGAUCGGUGGGGGAGGCGGGCAUGGCUGUGCAUGAUGUGGUGGACGAUCCUGAUAACGCGUUUAUGUCCGUUUUUGGAUACUUGAUGGGAGCGGGGUGGGGCGUGCCGGCUUCAGGAGGGCGGCUAUCUCGAAACGGGGCAUGA